UUUCUGCGGCGUGCCCAGAACCUCAAGCUUGUGGGUUCCCCAGCUGUGCUCCCCAAGGCAACAUGGCAGUCCUCGGAGUGCAGCUGGUGGUGACCCUGCUCACAGCCACUCUCAUGCACAGACUGGCACCACACUGCUCCUUCGCACGCUGGCUGCUCUGCAAUGGCAGUCUGUUCCGAUACAAGCACCCAUCAGAAGAAGAGCUUCGGGCCCUGGCUGGGAAGCAGAAGCCCAGAGGCAGAAAGGAGCGGUGGACCAAUGGCCUUAGUGAGGAUAAGCCAUUAUUGGUGCCCCGAGAUGCCCCAUUCCAGCUGGAGACCUGCCCGCUCACCGCUGUGGAUGCCUUAGUCCUGCGCUUCUUCCUGGAGUACCAGUGGUUCGUGGACUUUGCGGUGUACUCGGGCGGAGUGUACCUCUUCACGGAGGCCUACUAUUACCUGCUGGGCCCAGCCAAGGAGACCAACAUCGCUGUGUUCUGGUGCCUGCUCACUGUGGCCUUCUCCAUCAAGGUGUUCCUGACUGUCACCCGGUUGUACUUCAGUGCCGAGGGUGGUGGCGAGCGCUCUGUCUGCUUCACCUUCGCCUUCCUCUUCCUGAUCCUGUCUAUGUUGGUGCAGGUGGUCCGGGAGGAGACCCUUGAGCUGGGCCUGGAGCCAGGCCUGGCCAGCAUGACCCAGAACCUGGAGCCACUUCUGGAGAAGCAGGGCUGGGACUGGGCGUUCCCUGUAGCCAAGCUGACCAUCCGCGUGGCGCUGGCUGUGGUGGGCUCCGUGCUGGGUGCCUUCCUCACCUUCCCCGGCCUGCGGCUGGCCCAGACCCACCGCGAUGCCCUGACCAUGUCUGAGGAUCGGCCCGUGUUGCAGUUCCUUCUGCACACCAGCUUCCUGUCUCCCCUCUUCAUCCUGUGGCUCUGGACAAAGCCUAUUGCUCGGGACUUCCUGCACCAGGCGCCCAUUGGGGAAAAGCCCUUCUCCCUGCUGUCAGACUCGGCCUUUGACUCCAUGCGUCUCUGGGUGCUGGUGGUGCUGUGCCUGCUGAGACUGGCUGUCACCCGGCCCCACCUGCAGGCCUACCUGUGCCUGGCCAAGGCCCGCGUGGAGCAGCUGCGGAGAGAGGCUGGCCGUAUUGAGGCCCGUGAGAUCCAGCGGCGGGUGGUCAGGGUCUACUGCUAUGUGACCGUGGUGAGCUUGCAGUACCUGACUCCGCUCAUCCUCACCCUCAACUGCACCCUGCUGCUCAAGACCCUGGGUGGCUAUUCCUGGGGCCUGGGCCCAGUCCCCACACUGUCGCUUGCCCAGACCCCAGCCAGCACUGUCCCUGUGAGCCCUGGGGAGGACGAGGCCCAGCAGACGGCGGCCCGGAUCGCGGGGGCCGUGGGCGGCCUGCUCACCCCGCUCUUCCUCCGCGGCCUUCUGACCUACCUGAUCUGGUGGACGGCCGCCUGCCAGCUGCUCGCCAGUCUCUUCGGCCUCUACUUUCACCAGCAGCUGGCGGGCUCCUAGCCGCCCGCGGACUUCCCUGGACCUCUGAAGUUGGGUCCGGGGCCAACCGGACAUGGCCUGACCCUCCGUGUGUGCCUCAGUGUCCCCAGCUGCCAGGUGCAACUGGGACUCCCCACAAUCUCUGCAGUGCCUGGGCUGUAGCCCGCUGAGAACCCUCGAAAACUGGCUCCCCAGGGUCCUGGGGCAGGAGAGUUGGAACCCAUUGUCCCCAAGUGGGGUGUGUGUGUGUGUGUGUGUGCGCGCGCGCGUGCGCACACAUGUGCAGGGUUCGAGUGGUGGGUUGCUCUUAUGAAUAAAUAAAGGAGUGGGCCACUUUGUACAAACAGGACACAUGGUUGGGGAGCUGGGUGUGCAGGGUGAUGGCUUCCUGUGAGGCCACAUGGUGCCCAUCUGGGUGGAGUCACGCAGGAGGCAGUUUCCAGAGGCCUCCCAGGCCAGCUGAAGAAGGGCAGGGAAGGGCCCUGGGGCUGGUACAGCUAGUGCCAGGCCUUGGGUUCCAUCCCAGCUCCACAAGGAGAGAGCUGGAGGGAGUCACAGCUGUGAGGAAGGUGGCAGGGAAGGGAAAGAGGAGAGGGACCCAAGGACAUGGAGAGAAGUCUCAGAAGAGGAGGAAUGCUCAGGAGAGCGAGGAGGGGGAAGGGACUGGAGGGAGGAGGUCCCUGGUGCUGCCACUGCCUUCCACAGCUACACGGGUGACUACUUUCAUAUAAAGGUCACCCAUAGGCAAGCAGGGACAUUGUAAGGCCAUGCUGACCCAGGGGAAAGGACAUGGGGCCAUACUGUGACUUUGAGGGAGGGACCUGGGGUGUGCACACUUGUGUAUUAUAACACGUGGAUUCUGAAGCCUCUCUGUAUAUGUAAAAAGUGAAUUAGGAAUAAAAAAAAGUCCACCA